AUGAUUAGAUCAAGAACCAAUUGGCUCAAAUAUGGGCAACUUUCCCGCUCAUUUUCCUCAUCUAGGUAUCUUUUCAGUGACUUUUCCCAUGUAAUUAUUGGCGGAGGUGUGGUCGGUACGGCCAUUGCUUCGGAAAUACAAGGUUCCCUUAGUUCCAACGUCCUUAUCGUGGAACAACACGAAAAGUUAGGAAUGGAAACCACUGCUAGAAAUUCUGAAGUUAUACAUGCGGGCUUGUACUAUCCAAAAGAUAGUUUAAAGGGUCAGCUUUGUAUAAAAGGUAAAAACAUGAUUUACGAUGCGUAUAAUCUGGGGAAGUUCGAUUCGGUGCAAGUCCCAUUAGCAAAGUGUGGUAAGUGGGUUGUAGCUCAAACGGAAGAGGAAUUGGAGUACUUACAUAAAUUGCAUAAGCAUGCUGAAGAUGUUGGAGUGCCAGUUGAGCUUAUUAGCUCUAAGCAGGCAAAACAAUUACAACCCAACAUAAACGCUAGCUAUGGGGCAUUGGUUUCUCCCACAACAGGAAUAAUAUCUGCUCAUGAUCUAACGUUAUACUUUGAAACCCAAUUUGAAAAUUCUGGUGGUACCGUUUCUCUUAAUACUAAGUUAGAAGCAAUUGAAUAUGACAAGUCCUCUGGUACUUAUAGACUUCAAUUAAAAGAUGUUGGGGAGGACUCUAGCUUCGAGAUCACCGCUGAUAAUGUUGUAAACAGUGCUGGUUUAUAUGCUCCAAAGGUUUCCAACUUGUUAUUACCUACGGAAAGACACUAUGAGAGCCAUUUUGCCAAAGGAUCCUAUUUCGGUUACCUGCCAACUGAUGAUACGAAGACUAAGGUCUCGGAUGUCUUAAUAUAUCCCUGCCCUAACCCAAACGCUUCCUCUUUAGGUGUGCACUUAACGUUUGAUUUGGGUGGACAAUUCAGAUUUGGUCCCGAUCUUGAAUGGCUCGAGGACGUGGAAAAUGCAGAAGAAAUUAACUACGAUGUGUCUGUCACUAAUUUGCAAACAGCAUUCAAGGAAAUUCAAAGAUACUUCCCCGGCAUUACUGAGCUGUCGUUACAGCCAUCUUACAGUGGUGUUAGACCUAAAUUGUUGUCAGCAGCAGAAAACAAGAAGAAUUUCGCUGACUUCAUUAUUAAAGAGGAAGAGGGCUUUCCUGGUUUUGUUAACCUACUUGGUAUAGAAAGUCCGGGGUUGACUUCUUCUUGGGCAAUUGCUGAGUAUGUCAAGAACAUUUACGAAAAGUAG